UUUUUACAGAGUUAUACUGUUUUAAUCAAGAGGGUCCCUGGACUUGAAAGACAGCCAGGAGUGCUUGAACGCAGAUAUACAGAUUUUUUGCAUUUGUAUCAAUCACUAAAAAAACAUUUUCCAUCUGUUUUAAAUGACUUUCCAUUUCCUAAGAAAGCCCUACUAGGAAAUUUCACAGCAGAAGUUAUUACAGAAAGAAGUGUAGCUUUUCAACAUUUACUUGCUUACAUUUUCUCUAUUAGUGAACUACGACAGUCGAUAGAAGUAGCUGAAUUUUUUUAUAAUCGUGAACUGCAAGAUGCACAUAAGAUGAUGAAAGUGGGACAAUUUGAGGAUGCUUCGGUUAUUUUAGAAAAUGUGUAUUUUGUUCAAGAAAAGUUAUUGGGUGAGGAUCAUUUCUCGACAUAUUAUACUCUGUGUAUAUUAAUUGCUUGUCUUAAUGCAGUAGAUAAUAUAUCAGAAGCCCAGAAAUAUGCUGAAAUAGCCUUGCUGUACGUUUCGAAAUACAUCAAAAGUGAUCUCACUGUUCCUCUAAUGGUUCUUUCAAUCAGAUUGUGGUGGGCUGUUGGAAAAGACAAACGGGAUCUUGAGAAGAGGGUUCAAGAGAUGAAAAAGAACGGCAUAAACGUAGAAAAGCAGCCUACUCUGCUUGAACUUGUGCUUCACAGAGAAUGUCCUUUGGUUCAAAACUGAAGAUCUUAAAUCCUGUUGACUGCUUCUAGUCUCCAUAAUUUAUUUACUUAAAAUAAUUUAAGUAGGAAAUAUUUUAAAGCCAAUCUUUUAGGUAGAAUAAUCAUAUAAAAAAGUUAGCUCAAAAAGUAAAGUCUACUUUACAAAUAUUCUUAAAAAUUUUCUAUUUAUACAUUUCCAUUAUACAAGCUAAAUUAUAUAUGUAUAUAUAUAUGUAAAUUAUAGGAAGUAAGAAUUUAUUUUUACACUCAA